AUGUCGAAGGAAACGACCUUCAUCCCGAAGCAAGCGGACUUCUCCAUCGAUGAAUAUAGACCACUGAAGGUUGUGUGCAUCGGAUCAGGCUACGCCGGUAUUGUCGCCGGCAUUCGCUUUCGGCAACGUAUCCCAAACAUCGACCUGACCAUCUACGAGAAAGAGGAUGGUGUCGGUGGUACUUGGCACGUCAACAAGUACCCUGGCGUUGCUUGUGACGUUCUAUCGCACGCCUACCAGCUUUCUUUCGAAUCCAACACUCAAUGGUCUUCGUUCUACGCUCCCGGUUCUGAGAUCCUGGCAUAUCUGAAAGGGGUCGUGGAAAAGUACAAGCUGAUGCCUUACAUCCGACUACAGCACGAGAUGACCUUUGCUCACUGGGACGAAAGCAAAGCGAAGUGGAUCCUCACGAUUCGCCGUGGGAUCGAUGGACAGGAGUUUACCGACACCGCCGACGUCUUGUUUCUCGGCGUUGGUGCCCUCAACCGCUGGCGCUGGCCUGACAUCGACGGCCUGAAGGACUUUGGCGGUACUCUUGUGCACACUGCGCAGUGGAACGUGUCCGACGAGACAAUGGAGCAAACCUGGAAGGAUAAGAGCGUCGGUGUCAUUGGAAACGGUUCUACAGGCAUACAGAUUGUGGCUGCACUUCAGCCGCGCGUCAGAAUGCUCACGAACUUCAUCCGUGCCACAACCUGGUUGUCACCUACCGUAGGCAUCGAGACUAUGCUCACAGCCGUCGGCAAGGAGCCCGGUACAAAUGACUUCUCAUUUGACCCCAUCUUCCUGAAGAAGCUCGAGGAUCCUGAGUAUUAUCGUCACUUCCGACAUGAGGUUGAAUCCGCCAUGCAUGCGUUCGGCGACGUCUACUUCAAAGAAUCACCGAGGCAGGCCCAGUUCAGGGCCGCUCUCGUGCACGAGAUUGCUACCAAGCUUGCUCGCAAGCCAGAUCUCAUCGAGCGGCUCACGCCCGACUUUCCCGUUGGAUGCCGACGGCUUUCUCCCGGGCCGGGGUACCUAGACGCACUCUGCGAAGAUAAUGUCGUAGUCGAGACCACUCAUAUCAAACGCGUCACGAAGGAUGGCCUUGAUCUAGUCGAUGGUCGCCACAUGCCGCUAGACGUGAUCGUCUGUGCCACCGGCUUCGACACGACGUGGCUCUAUCCCUUCCCCAUCGUCGGUCGCGAUGGCCUGAAGCUCACCGACCGCUGGGCAGGUCAUGCCGAGGCAUACCUGUCAGUCGCCAUUGACGGCUUCCCGAAUCUUUGGAUGGCCUUCGGCCCGAACUCCGGCUUGGGAUCUGGCAACACCGUCUUGGUGACCGAGAAACAGGUGGAUUAUGCCGUGGCGGCUACGAUGAAGAUGCAACGCGAGCGCCUACGGAGCAUGGAGGUCAAGCAGCGGGCCGUUAGGGACUUCAAUGCUUUCGCGCAGGAGUACUUCAAGAAGACUGUAAUUCUAGAGAAGUGCACAAGCUGGUACCGCAGUCCUGUGGACGGCGCUGUCACUGGAAUAUGGCCCGGAACCUGCUUGCAUCUCCUUCGCACUCUGGCACAUCCUCGGUGGGAGGACUUCGAUUAUAAGCCAGUUCAUGAGGAUCAGACAGAGAAUACAUUCUAUUGGUUGGGAGAUGGUCUCACUCAUGCCGAGAAGACUAUGACAGGCGAUCGCGCUUGGUACCUUAAUGACGUGGAUAUCCCUCCAGUGCCGGAGUACUAA